AUGUGGCCCCCAGGGCUGAGUGGGGGUGGUUAUUUGGGGAGGGGGAGGUCGGGGAAGGGGCCGCCGCCGCCGCCGCCGGGCCCGCACGCGCCGGCCGGAGCCACCCGCGGCCCCCCCGGCGGGGCGGGGGGGCCAUGGAGCCCCGGGCCCGGUGAGCACGGCCGGGCACGAGGAGGAGCCCGAGGGGAGCGACAGGAGCCAGGCCACCCAUCCACCCAUGGCCCCCCCUCCCCGUCCCCUCCCCGUCCCCCGGUCACCGCGGGGGGGGGGACCCCAAAGGCUGCUGACCACCGGCAUCCCCUGCUAACCACCGCGACCACCGCGACCACCAUCCCGCUGCUGACCACCGGCCUCACCCUGCUGACCACCGCGACCACCGCGACCACCAUCCCGCUGCUGACCACCGCCCUCACCCUGCUGACCGCCGCCGCGCCCCCCGCGGCCGCCUGUCCCGCCGUUUGCCGCUGCUCCGGCGGCCGCGUUUACUGCAACGACCGCGGGCUGACGGCCGUGCCCGAGGGGCUCCCUCCCGGCGCCACCACGCUGUUCCUGCAGAACAACCGCAUCGGCGACGCGGGCAUCCCGGCUCGCCUGGGCCGGCUGCCGGCGCUGCGGGUGCUCUACCUGUACGCCAACGCUCUGGAGCAGCUGCCGGCUCACCUGCCGCCGGCUCUGCGGGAGCUGCACCUGCAGGAGAACAACGUGCGCGGCCUCUGCCGCCGGGCGCUGGCCCGGGCGCCGCUGCUCGAGCGGCUGCACCUGGACGAUAACUCGGUGUCGGCGGCCGGCAUCGAGGAGGACGCGUUCGCCGAGAACCGCCGGCUGCGCCUCCUCUUCCUCUCUCGGAACCACCUGAGCAGCGUCCCCGCGGGGCUGCCGCCGGCGCUGGAGGAGCUGCGGCUGGACGAUAACCGCAUCCACACCAUCCCGCUGCGGGCCUUCGAGGGGCUGCCGGCGCUGCGGCGCCUGGUGCUGGACGGGAACCUCCUGGCGAACCAGCGCAUGGCCGACGACACCUUCAGCCGCCUGGGGAACCUCAGCGAGCUCUCGCUGGGCCGCAACGCGCUGGCGGCGCCCCCCGCCAACCUGCCCCGGGCUCGGCUCCGCCGCCUCUCGCUGGCCGCCAACGCCAUCAGCCACGUCCCGGCCGGAGCUCUGGCCAGGAUGAGGGCCCUGGAGCGGCUGGAUCUGUCGGACAACAACCUGACCACGCUGCCCAGGGGGCUCUUCGACGACCUGGGCAGCCUGAGCCACCUGGGGCUGCGUAACAACCCCUGGUUCUGCGGCUGUAACCUGGCCUGGCUGCGGGACUGGCUGCGGCGCCGCGCUCCGCCGCGCCUGGAGGUGCGGGGGCUGCUGUGCCAGGCCCCGGCCCGGCUGCGGGGGCUGCCGGUGGGAGAGCUCCGGGGGGAGAUGGACGCUUGCGAGAACCCGGCAGGCGCGGCGGGAACGGGCGCGGGCCGUCCCCGCCCGUCUCGCCCGGCGUUUCCCGCGGCGCCGGGAGGAGCGGCCGCCGCCUCGCCGGGGCUCUGGGUGCAGGCGGCUCCCGGCGGGGCCCUGCGGGUCCGGUGGCCGCCGGCGCCUCCCGGGGCGUCGCUGAGGCUGAGCUGGCUGCGGCCCGGGGGAGCGUGACCGAGACCUUGGUGCGGGGAGCGCGGCGAGUACGUGGUGCGGGCGCUGCAGCCCGGAGCCCCUGUACCGGGUGUGCCUCGCCGCCCUGGAGCCCCCGCCGCUCCCCGCUCUGCGCCCAAGCCCGGGCCGGUGCGGGGG